AUGCUACUGAGCGGAGCUCCUCCGGCGGGCUCCGGCCCGGGGCCGCGGGCGCAGGCGAGCGCUGGCGGCGGCCCGGGGGGGUCCCGCCGGGGCGCCGGGGGAGCGGGAGCCGGCCCAGGAGGGGGCGGCAGCGGCGGGGUAGCCAAGUGGCUCCGGGAGCACCUGGGCUUCCGCGGGAGUGGCGGGGGCGGCGGAGGGGGCAAACCGGCGCCCCCGGAGCCCGACUACCGCGCCCCCGCGCCCUCCCCGGCCGCGCCCCCCGCGCCGCCUCCCGACAUCCUGGCAGCCUACAGGCUGCAGCGGGAGCGCGACUUCGAAGACCCCUACUCCGGGGGGUCGUCCGGCUCUGCCGCUCUCGCCACCCCCACCGUCCCCGGCCCCACGCCGCCCCCGCGCCACGGCUCUCCCCCCCAUCGCCUUAUUCGGGUCGAGACCCCUGGGCCCCCAGCGCCCCCUUCGGAUGAGCGGAUCUCCGGACCUCCCGCGAGCAGCGACCGGUUGGCAAUCCUAGAAGACUACGCAGACCCGUUUGAUGUUCAGGAGUCUGGUGAAGGCUCAGCAGGAACUUCAGGAGCCCCAGAGAAGGUCCCUGAAAAUGACGGCUACAUGGAGCCCUAUGAGGCCCAAAAGAUGAUGGCUGAGAUCCGGGGCUCCAAGGAGACAGCAGCUCAGCCCCUGCCUCUGUACGACACGCCCUACGAGCCAGAGGAGGAGGCAGCCCCCCCUGAGGGAGAGGGGGCCCCCUGGCCCCGGGAGUCCCGCCUGCCUGAGGACGAUGAGAGGCCCCCCGAAGAGUAUGACCAGCCCUGGGAGUGGAAGAAGGAGCGGAUUUCCAAAGCCUUUGCAGUUGACAUUAAGGUCAUCAAAGACCUACCUUGGCCUCCGCCCGUGGGACAGCUGGACAGCAGCCCCUCCCUGCCUGACGGGGACAGGGACGUCUCCGGUCCAGCCUCACCCCUCCCUGAGCCCAGCCUGGAGGACAGCAGCGCCCAGUUUGAAGGACCGGAGAAGAGCUGCCUGUCACCCGGCCGAGAGGAGAAGGGGCGGCUACCUCCCCGACUCUCCAUGGGGAACCCCAAGCCAGCCAAAGCCCUAAACACGGAGCCCGGCAGCCCUCUGGGGGAGUGGACAGACCCAGCGCUGCCUCUGGAAAACCAGGUCUGGUACCACGGGGCCAUCAGCCGAACCGACGCCGAGAACCUGCUCCGGCUGUGCAAAGAGGCCAGCUACCUGGUGCGCAACAGCGAGACCAGCAAGAAUGACUUCUCGCUCUCCCUCAAGAGCAGUCAGGGCUUCAUGCACAUGAAGCUGUCGCGGACCAAGGAGCACAAGUACGUGCUGGGCCAGAACAGCCCUCCCUUCAGCAGCGUGCCCGAGAUCGUGCACCACUACGCCAGCCGCAAGCUGCCCAUUAAGGGGGCCGAACACAUGUCCCUGCUCUACCCCGUGGCCAUCCGGACUCUGUAGACGCGAGGCCAGGGCACUGUGAUAGACCUGCAGCCGGCCCUGGGCCCGCCGCCACCGGCUCCGGGCUGUGGCUCCUCCGGGGCCCAGGAGCUCACAAACCUUUCUUCCCCUUUCCCUGGGAGGGGGCGGACGCUGGAGAUUCCUUAAUUUAUUUUGAAGGGGAAGGGCCUUGGAGUAAAGGGUUUUCCGGAGCCGGGGAGAGAAAUGCUGGUCCCUGGGGGACGCGGGCUCCGGCGCCGCUGGUCUCCUAGGGAGUUUGUUGGCGGCUCCGGCCCUUCCCACCCGGGAUGCGUGCAGGGCACAGCCGGCGGCCGUCUACCGGCCUCCAGACAGCCGGCGGGCUCUGCGCAGGCGUACCCGGGGGACUGAGACGGCGCUGGGGGGUGGGGCGGACAGGGCCCAGGCCCGAGGGAGCUGUGCAGUCCCCGCGCCGCCCCGGCUCGCGGCCAGAGGCCAUAAAUAAACCCGAUCCUG